AGGAGCUCAGGUGCAUGCAAUACCAGGAUCCACCACUUCCCAGACCUCACUUAAGGGUUGGUAGUGAAGGCAAUAGUAUCUUGUUGGAGUUCCCUGUAUGCCUGAGGCCUUCUAAAGGGAUAACUUACCUUGACCAUGCAGGUUCAACACUUUUCCCUGAAAGUCUACUUAAAGCUUUUACAGAUGACCUCAGAAACAAUGUUUAUAGCAACCCUCAUAGUCAGAACAUCAGCAGCAAACUGACAUAUGACACAAUUGAGCAUGUCCGAUGCAGAAUAUUACAACAUUUUCACACUACAUCUGAAGAUUAUACUGUCAUUUUCACAUCUGGAUGUACGGCUGCACUUAAACUGGUAGCAGAAGUAUUCCCAUGGGUACCUGAAGGCACAAAGCAACCGAGUAGUCGAUUCUGUUACCUAACUGACAGCCACACAUCUGUGGUGGGUAUGAGGGGCAUAACUGCCUCAAUGAAUGUAUUAUCUGUUCCAGUAAAACCAAAGGAUAAAUUCUUAUUGGAGAAAGACUGGUUACCAGCUGAAGAACGAAACUGCACAACACCUCAUCUUUUCUCUUAUCCAGCUCAAAGCAAUUUUUCUGGUACCAAAUAUCCCCUUUCAUGGAUACGAGACAUAAAGUCUGGAAAACUCUGCCCUGUCAAAAUACCAGGGAAGUGGUUUGUUCUACUAGAUGCUGCCUCAUACGUGAGCAGCUCUCCAUUAGACUUGGGAGUUCACCAAGCUGACUUUAUCCCCAUUUCAUUCUACAAAAUCUUUGGAUUCCCUACUGGUUUAGGAGCUUUACUGGUAAACAACCAGAUUGCCCCCCUCUUGAGGAAAACCUAUUUUGGAGGUGGAACUGCAGCUGCCUACCUCGCAGGAGAAGACUUUUACUUCCCAAAGAAGUCUAUAGCAGAAAGGUAAGGCUUUGUUUAACAAAACUUUGUUUAUUCUGUUUGCUUUAGACAAAUGUCUUAGUGUUGGAGCAUGCACUCCUCUCUGGUAACUGUGUUGCUUUAUGCAGUUAGAUAAGCACUUCACAUCCAACUCUAUUUUCUUAUUUUCAUAUCUAAAAGAUGUUAUCUGAAAUAUCCAACUUCCUUCCUUGAUCUACGUUGUCACAACUGGAUAAAAUCAAUCAUCAAUCCUUGCAUUUUUUAAAUUUUAUGUGAGGUACCUCAACAGAACCCUGAUUUGUUUUUGAAGGUCUGCAGCUGGAGCAGACAGGCCGCGAUUGAUCAUACUGUGAUGACCCACAAUGAAAAUGGAAAGUAAGGGCCAUAGAUUUCACUGGCAAGAUGGCAUGCUUUACUCUUAGUAGAAGUUUUA